AAAGAUGGAUGGUUUCACUCAAUAAAUACAUCAUCAUCCGUUGAGGCUUAGAAAUCAGUUAACCAGAUCUAUUUCAAGGAGAGCGUCUUCGUACACGCCCUCCGAUUUCAUCUUCUUCAUCGUCUUCCCAGCGAAUCUAAGGCUUUUCUUCAGAUCUCUAAACGAAAAUGAGGGAGUGCAUCUCGAUCCACAUCGGUCAAGCUGGUAUCCAGGUCGGAAACGCCUGUUGGGAGCUUUACUGCCUCGAACAUGGCAUUCAGCCUGAUGGACAGAUGCCGAGUGACAAGACCGUUGGAGGAGGUGACGAUGCUUUCAACACCUUCUUCAGUGAAACCGGCGCAGGGAAACACGUCCCACGUGCAGUCUUCGUCGAUCUUGAGCCCACUGUGAUCGACGAGGUCAGAACCGGUACUUACCGUCAGCUCUUCCACCCUGAGCAGCUCAUCAGCGGUAAAGAAGACGCUGCCAACAACUUCGCCCGUGGACAUUACACCAUUGGGAAGGAGAUUGUUGAUCUUUGCUUGGACCGUAUCAGAAAGCUCGCUGAUAACUGUACUGGUCUCCAAGGCUUCCUUGUCUUCAACGCUGUUGGUGGAGGAACUGGGUCUGGUCUUGGGUCUCUUCUCCUUGAGAGGCUCUCUGUGGACUAUGGGAAAAAAUCCAAGCUUGGUUUCACUGUUUACCCUUCUCCUCAGGUCUCUACAUCUGUCGUUGAGCCUUACAACAGUGUCCUCUCCACGCACUCGCUCUUGGAGCACACUGAUGUCUCCAUCCUCCUCGACAAUGAAGCUAUCUAUGACAUCUGCAGACGUUCCCUGAGCAUUGAGAGGCCAACUUACACCAACCUCAACCGUCUUGUCUCUCAGGUGAUAUCAUCUUUGACUGCUUCUCUGAGGUUCGAUGGUGCUUUGAAUGUGGAUGUUACCGAGUUCCAAACCAACUUGGUCCCAUACCCAAGAAUCCACUUUAUGCUUUCCUCAUACGCUCCAGUCAUCUCCGCUGAGAAAGCCUUCCACGAGCAGCUCUCAGUCGCUGAGAUCACCAACAGCGCCUUCGAGCCAGCUUCCAUGAUGGCCAAGUGUGACCCACGUCACGGUAAAUACAUGGCUUGCUGUCUGAUGUACCGUGGUGAUGUCGUCCCCAAAGACGUGAACGCAGCUGUCGGAACCAUCAAGACCAAGCGCACGAUCCAGUUCGUUGACUGGUGUCCGACUGGGUUCAAGUGCGGUAUCAACUACCAGCCACCGACUGUUGUUCCGGGAGGUGAUCUUGCGAAAGUGCAGAGAGCUGUUUGUAUGAUCUCCAACUCCACGAGUGUUGCUGAGGUCUUCUCGAGGAUUGAUCACAAGUUUGAUCUGAUGUACGCCAAGCGUGCUUUUGUUCACUGGUAUGUGGGUGAGGGUAUGGAAGAGGGAGAGUUCUCCGAGGCUCGUGAGGAUCUUGCAGCUUUGGAGAAGGAUUAUGAGGAGGUUGGGGCUGAAGGUGGUGACGAUGAGGAUGAUGAGGGCGAGGAGUACUAAGAAGAUUGGUUCGUGUGGUUUCCUGUUCUCCUUUUGUGUUGGCGUGAAUGUGCUCGAAACACUCUCGUGACGAGUCUUUUGGUUUGCGUUUUCUCAUAUUGGUCUCUUGUUGUUUGAAUUCUAUUAUGGUUAUUACUAUCCAUCUCUAUUUGUGUUUUUAAUUCUCUUUCAGUUUCUUA